CCGAAGUUGGGAUGAGCGGCUGAGAUUUCUCUUCACUAACUGACAUUUCUGGAAUCAGAUUUAGGUUUCUCCGGUUUCAGGUGGUGCAAAACUUUGCUUCCACGAUGGCCGAGUGUCUGGCUUGGCGCGACUUGUCACACAAAGAGCUGGCUCACAUUUUUGAUGACUCGGAGACCCCAAGUGACGUGCGGAGGCAUUUAGGAGAAGCGAUGAAGCUGAAUGAUGGAAGCAUUUGUUCCGAGAUACUGCUUGACUUGCACUACGGCUCCCUCUACUUUGCACAGGAACAGGGCUUCUCCCUUGAGAAGAUGUCAGCCUUCGUCUCAAUAGUCAAGGCAAUUCACGACCAAGCCAUUGGCAUGCGUUUAACAGUAGAAAGAAGCUGGGAAACAGCAAAGAACCUCUUUCUCUUGCACAGCGUCCAGCGACCACCAUUCUCAAUCGGCUUGUUUACAUUUGGAGAUCUCCAAGAGAUAACGAGAUACGUCCUCAACACGUAAAACAAUCUUCCCAGCUUCAAAGCUUCUACUCGAUGAGUCCAGCUCCUAUGCUCUUUCCUCUCACAGAUACUACAGACACUUCAAGCUCUACCAAUACGCGUUCUGCCCGACUUACUACCUCAACAUGGACACUUGGGAGUAUAAUCUCGUAGAGCUAGCCCCGGAGCUAAAGUCGCUAGAUCUCGCAAUAACACAGGAGGAAUACGACGUCCAACAGGAAGCUCUCAGGAAACAGCAAGAGGUGGGCGACGAGUUUCACAAGCUUUACGAGCAAAAUCUUCUCCUGCGCAGGAGGAACAAGCAAAAAGGCUCGAAGACAAGCGGCUGGCUGAAGAAGCCGAGAGGCAAGCCAGGAUCGAGGCACAGUAUCGAGGUAGAGGCUACUUACUUGGGCUUGGAUCUCCAAUGCUAAGCUGGUUCUCGCCGCUUCCAGCGUCCAUCCCGGAUGAGAUCACAAGAAAAGUCAACCAGGUUGUUUCGCGCUACAUGGAUGAGAUGCGGGCCGAGUUUGACGCCAAGCUGGAACAAAAACUCGCCGAGCUGGGGGCUGGAGCUGCAAAAUAGUACUUAAAAGUUCAUCUUU